AUGGCAGAGUCCAAAGAAGCACGCAGAUACAGCGCAGAGAGCGUCCAGCAUACGGUGUCUCUGGACACUCUGCUGGUGGAAGAAGUGGGGCAAUUAGGGAAAUACCAGUGGCGCAUGAUCGCGCUCGCCGUGGUCACGGUAAUAUUUGCGGCCUGGGCGGCCGUGGAGUACAUAUUCACCACCGGAAGAAUUCCCACGAGAUGUCUUAUACCGGAAUGUGACAUACGGGAAUCAAUCGAAUUCCGCCCCCCCUGGCUCCUAAACGCGGUGCCAGAAAGUGGGGGCUCCUUCGACAACUGCCGUAGGUUCCGGCCUGCCAACUUCACCUCAUAUUCUGACGUGUGCCCCGCGAAUCUCUUCAACCGAGGCAAUGUGAUCGACUGCGAAGAAUUUCUUUACGAGAACACUGACACAAUCGUCUACGAUUAUGGCCUCGCGUGCGACGAAUGGCGUCGUACCUUGAUCGGUUCAGUCCGCACGGUGGGGACCCUGACAGCUCUUCCCAUCACGGGAUACAUAUCAGACAAGUGGGGGAGGCGAACCGCUCUUUGUAUCAACGCGAUCAACACCGCCUGGAUCGGCACCCUGCGGUACUUUGCGGGCACUUACGUCGGCUUCCUCAUCUCAGAGGUAGCCGAAGCUACGUUUGGAUCCGGAGCAUUCUCUUGUGCUUAUAUUUUAUUGAUGGAAGUGAUAGGUCCUAAAUAUAGAGUGGCGGCUGGCGCAACCAUGAAUACUUGCUUUUCAAUCGGUCAGAUCACGAUGGGGCUCCUCGCUUGGGCUGUCCCAGAUUGGCGGAAACUAACUCUCACCCUCUACAUCCCACAAUUUAUCACCAUCUUCUACUAUUGGACAAUGUUUGAAUCUAUCAGAUGGUACAUGAGUAAAGGCCGCUAUGAAGACGCGGAGGUGACUCUAAAAAGAGUCGCUCAAAUAAACGGAAGGCAACUAUCCGAUAAAUCUAUAGAAUCUCUAAAAUUAUCAGCCGAAAGGGCGGCACAGCAGGCGCUAAUAGAUAAGGAACUGAAGAAGAAGGAACCGUGGUUGAUCGUUCUUCUCUUCCGUCACAAGCGUGUCUUAUUGAGAGUUUGCGUGUCUCCCGUCUGGUGGAUCGCGACAACGUUCAUCUACUAUGGCAUGUCUAUAAACGCCGUGAAUAUGUCCGGAAAUCGUUAUGUAAACUACAUAGCGGUGGCUGCAGCAGAGAUACCUGGUUACUGGACCGCCGUUCUUUUGAUGAGCAUCGUGGGUAGAAGACCUGUGCUGUCUGGAGCUUUUUGGGUCUGUGCUGCUUGCCAAAUUGCAUACAUCUUUAUUCCUCGUGACCUGUACAGCGUUUCGCUGGCCGUGUACUUGGUUGGGAAAUACAGCAUCGCCAUGGUGAUGACGACAAUAUACGUGUACACAACAGAGUUAUAUCCAACCAAAUACAGACACACUCUUUUCGCCUUCGCAUCUAUGAUGGGUAGAAUCGGGUCCAUCGUGGCUCCUCUCACUCCAGCCUUUGGUGCAGCAGUGUGGGAUGAGUUGCCGUUCGUGCUCUUCGCUAGCUUCGCACUUCUCUCGGGAAUUCUGGUUCUGGUCACGCCAGAAACACUCGGCAGCAAGCUCCCGGACUCCAUGGAAGACGCUUACAACAUUGGCCUUAAGGAAGAUGACAAAAAUCGAAAAUAG